AUGUCUGGGCCUUUGGAUGAGCGUUUGAGAAUUGCAGAGCUCAUUGAUGUUGGAACUUCUAGUCAUCAAAUAUAUGGUGACCCUUCAAAUCUAGAACUACAUCCUGCAUCUUGGUUUUCAGUGGCCUGGUAUCCAAUAUAUCAAAUUCCAGAAGGGAACUUCCGUGCAUCAUUUUUGACUUUCCAUUCACUAGGACAUUUGGUCCAGAGACAUAUUUCAAGUGAUUCUCUGAAUAAGAAUGUAUUCUGCAUUGCCUCCCCUGUGUUAGGAUUGCAAAGCUACAAUACGCAGGAUGAUGAGAAAGUUGAAGAACCGAAGGCAUCAAUGACUUUUAGUUCAAUAGAAGAAGUUUGCUCUUAUUAUAGGAGGUAUGCUAAGCAAGCUGGGUUUGGUAUAGCACAUAGAAGCUCGAGAAAAACGAAGGGUAUAAAAAGUUACGUAGUGCUUAUAUGUACUCGUGGAGGUGACGAGCGAGUUACAAGAAGUGAUGUUGCGAAGCCAAUUCCAACAAUUAAUAGAUCAGGGUGUGGUGCUAGGAUUUGUGCGAAAUUAUGUGGUGAUAGAAUGUGGUUUUUGAGUAAAGUUGUGCUGACGCAUAAUCAUUCGUUAAGCCUGGGUAAAGCGAGAUUUUUUAGAAGCAAUAGGAAAAUUAAUGAUGCUGCAAAAAGAAGACUUGAGCUAAAUGAUAGAGCAGGAAUACGUCUGAGUAAGAAUUUCAAUUCAUUAGUUGUUGAAAGUGGGGGGUUUGAGAGUCUUUCUUUUGGAGAGAGAGAUUGUCGGAAUUAUAUUAACAAGGCAAAAGACCUCCGUCUUGGUAAAGGGGGUGCUCAAGCACUUUGUGAUUACUUCAGAAGAAUGCAAAAGCAGAAUAGUGGCUUCUACUUUGUGAAAGAUAUGGAUGAUGAUUGUAGGUUACGAAAUGUUUUUUGGGCGGAUGCACGGAGUAGGGCAGCAUAUGAUUUUUUUGGAGAUGUUAUUACGUUUGACACAACGUAUUUGACCAAUAGCUAUGACAUGCCAUUUGCUCCUUUUGUAGGAGUGAAUCAUCAUGGUCAAUCUAUACUUUUGGGGGCAGGACUAAUUUUAAGCGAGGAUAUAGACACAUUUGUGUGGUUGUUUAAAUGUUGGUUGGAGUGCAUGAAUGGCCAAGCCCCUAAAGCAAUUAUGACAGACCAGGAUAGAGCUAUGAAAAAUGCAAUCGCUAUUGUUUUUCCUGAAAGUCGACAUAGAUAUUAUAAGACAUUUUGGGUGCCGGCAUACAUGAAAGAUACGUUUUGGGCGGGAAUGAGUACUACACAGCGAAGUGAAAGUAUGAACGCAUUUUUUGAUGGUUACGUGCACUCACGAACCACAUUGAAAGAAUUUGUUCAUGAAUAUGAUAAUGCUUUAAGGAGAAUGGUCGAGAGUGAGACACGUGCUGAUUUCGAUUCUUUCAAUCGCACAAUCCCAUGUAUAAGCGCCUUGCAGUUAGAGAAAAGUUUCAAGUUGUUUACACAAAUGCGAAGUUCAAAGAAGUACAUGAUCAGUUUGUGA